AUGACACAAGGGACGCUCCGAACCCAGAUGCUCCUGCGCCAGCCACAAGCUUCAGGCGUCUCUUGCCAGCCGGCGCUGGUCCUCGCGUGA